UGCUAACCUAGUAACUAGGUGCUUAUGAUAUCGCUCUUUGGUCCCCAACGACGCAUCCUCCAGGCCCACUUUGGCAUAUCUGGGAAGCUCCAUGUGCGCAUGAGUAAAUGCUUUGACUUCUCCCAGAAGGGUAAAGCACUUAUUGAGCUUUUCCUAUCCUUUAUUUUGAGUAAACCGCGCGUCAGCCAACAGGGGCCAUGUUUUCCCAAAACACGUGAAAAUUAGAGCACAUGCGGAUUGAUGCGAUUUGGGUCUGUCUGCGAGUGACUCGGUCUUUCAAUGAGUAUGUCACUGUCAAUCCAAGUCCCGUAUCUCUCCCUCCCCUUCAUCGGCAAACACCUCAAAAACGACUGAACCGCACAUCGAUUACUCCGUACUCCCUAAGACACUUAUUUACAGCCCCGC